UUUCAAUUGCAUACUAAGUGCUCCAGAGUCCAAAGGUUGAGUGACGUUCUUCUUUCUUUCCCAAAUCGAAUCAUCUAAAAUCGGAAUUAUCCUUCCCUAAGCUGUGCAACUAACUACUACUCGAUGACCUUACAUUCGUUCGUAUGUGUCCGCGUCAACCCAUGUUUACACGGAGAGAGUCGUCAGCCUGCAUAUCCACCGACACCUAUUACCCUUGCCCUUCUAGGUACCUGAUUUCUAGCAAAACAUCUACAGGGUAAUUAAUAGGUCGGCAUACUGCGAGUGCUUUUCACGUCUCUCAGUCUCCAUUCUUCUCGGGGUUGGUUAGAUAAGAUAAAAAUGAGCUGCUCAGGCGAGGUAUAUACGGGGUGUUGCAGUCCUCAAUCAACUACAGCUCGUAAUUUUGUAGGUCACCUAAGCCAGUCACGCACAUCGAAAUGAAAUAGCUUUUGAUUGCCUUUCCUUAAAACGAUACACUCACUCAAAACUCGCAUUUGGAUUUGAGGGACCGUGGGGAAUAGAAGGAACAUAAGCAUUCAUUGGAUAGAAGCUUUAUACCAUUGCAGAGAUGCAAAACACGGAUAUGCCGAGGGGCCCGCCACCCGAAUAUGAACUUGAUGAUCCAAGUUCUUUGGCACCACGGUGGUUGGAUGUGAGGGCGUGGAGUAAGAAACGAUGGGUCAUUGUUGGCGUGGGACUUGUUGUGCUCAUCAUCAUCGUGGUGGUGAUUGCUGUGGAAGUUUCGAAGAAGAAUACUUAUCCAAACUACUCACAGCUGAGCUAUUCGCUGAAGGAUACUUGUGAGUUGUCUUCUCUCGCCCUAUGUUUCAUGGAUGACAACUUCCAAUGUACCGACAUUUCUGGGGCGUUCAGAGAAGCAAGCUUCUUUCAUUAGUACCAAGGGCAGUAGUAAUAUUUCCAGGCUUGCCUCUAGGAUUGUGUAAACAGAGAUUCACCGAUAUAAUCAUAUUCUUGCGUGCUUGCUAACAUCUAGUUAAGACUCGGGAACUGACUUUUUCGAUAACUUCGAUUACUUCAAUACAUACGAUCCGUCAGCGGGUUUCGUUCAUUAUGUAGACUCCGAAGUAGCGGCUCAAUACAAUCUGACCUAUGCUUCAUCAAGUUCUGCAGUUAUCAGAGUCGACACAUCUGUCACAGCUGACAGCAUCCCAAAUGCAUCUACUGGUCGCUUCUCGGUGCGGAUUGAGUCCAAGACACAAUACACCAAUGGCCUAUUCAUCUUCGAUAUCGUCCACACACCCGUCGGCUGUGCUACAUGGCCUGCACUCUGGCUAAGUGAUCCAAACAAUUGGCCAACAAAUGGAGAGAUCGAUAUCAUGGAGGCUGUCAAUGUUGUGAGCUCCACCAAGAAUCAAAUGACCCUCCACACCACUUCCGGAUGCUCCAUGGAUGUCAAGCGUAAAGAGACUGGGAAGGCCCUUCAAUCUUCAUGCCUGAAUAGCACGAAUGGAAAUGCUGGAUGUGGUGUACAUGAUUCUUCAGGGACCUUCGGCGCGGAUUUCAACUCAAAUGGUGGUGGUAUUAUGGCGAUGGAAUUACGUACCGCAGGUAUACGGUUGUGGCAAUUUGGACGAGAUGCUAUUCCAAGCGAUAUCUCAACCGGUACACCGGACCCAUCGACCUGGUCAGAGGCUACUGCGGAUUUUCCCAGCACGGAUUGUAACAUCGGCAACCACUUCAAAAAUCAAAGCAUAAUUGUCAACAUUGAUUUGUGUGGAAGUUGGGCAGGUACCCAGAGUGUAUAUGAUAUCGAUUGUGGGUUUCUUUUGAUCUCCUUGUCCAAUCUUCCCAUACUAAUCAGGUAAUAGGUCCCGGUACUUGCACUGACUACGUUGCUAACAACGCGACGGCCUUCAAAAAUACUUAUUGGGAAUUCAAUAACUUUACGGUAUAUCAAGCUUCAUGAUCUUGAAAUAUUUUCCAACUUUGGACGAAGAUCAUGAAGCGCACUAAUAUGAAGGGUUGGUUGAGAUAGACUUGUUCUGGAAAGGUGUUCGUUUUGCAAAAGAUUCUGGAUGGGAUGAUUGUAAUUGGAGUAAAAAUAGAUGUGGACUGUACCAGCAAACAUAGCUUUCAGAGGAGCGUUGGAUGUUAUGAAGCGAUGAUGAUGAUGCCUUCAUAUUGUAGUUCACAUUGGGAAGAUGGAAGUUUGUUGACGCCCAGAGCGUAAUAGCAGGUUGCAUCUGUGUUAAGAACCCCUUUAUAAAAGAUCGUUAUAAUGUCAAACCAACCUGCCUGGUACCCUUAAUAGUAUACACAUUAAAUGCAUCUUUCACUCAUUAUUCCUUUCGCGAGAUG